AUUCUUUUCUUGUUUAUAAUUUGCAGACAGGAAGAGCUUUGUGUGCAGAGGAAGGGAGAAGUUGCCAGCUAGCUAAGCCAUGGCUAGAGAGCAAUUACAGGUUCUUAACGCACUUGAUGUUGCGAAAACACAAUGGUACCAUUUUACUGCAAUCAUCAUUGCUGGAAUGGGAUUCUUCACAGAUGCAUAUGAUCUCUUCUGUGUAUCGCUUGUGACCAAGUUGCUGGGCCGCAUAUACUAUCAUGUUGAAGGUGCUGAGAAACCAGGAACCUUGCCUCCCAAUGUUUCUGCUGCAGUGAAUGGUGUAGCCUUCUGUGGUACAUUAGCCGGCCAACUCUUUUUUGGCUGGCUCGGUGACAAAAUGGGAAGGAAGAAAGUGUAUGGCAUGACUCUUAUGCUCAUGGUCAUAUGUUCUAUUGCUUCAGGUCUCUCUUUUGGGCACGACCCCAAGACUGUGAUGUCUACUCUUUGUUUCUUUCGGUUCUGGCUUGGUUUCGGUAUCGGUGGUGACUACCCUCUUUCGGCCACCAUCAUGUCUGAGUAUGCUAACAAGAAGACUCGUGGUGCCUUCAUUGCGGCGGUGUUUGCCAUGCAAGGUUUUGGAAUUUUGGCUGGUGGGAUAUUUGCAAUCAUUUCUUCAGCUGCAUUUAAUGCCAAGUUUGAUGCUCCAGCAUAUGAGGACGCUGGAGCUGCCUCAACUGUUCCACAAGCAGACUAUCUCUGGAGACUUAUUGUGAUGGUAGGCGCAAUCCCAGCAGCAAUGACUUACUACUGGCGAAUGAAGAUGCCCGAGACUGCUCGUUACACCGCCCUUGUUGCCAAGAAUGCAAAGCAAGCUGCAUCAGACAUGUCGAAGGUUCUUCAGGUUGAAAUUGAAGCUGAAACCAAGGUUGAGGAUGAGAAGACAACUAAUGCCUUUGCUUUGUUCUCUAAGGAGUUUAUGCGCCGCCAUGGACUUCACUUGCUUGGAACAACAAGCACAUGGUUUCUUCUGGACAUCGCAUUUUACAGCCAAAAUCUGUUCCAAAAGGAUAUCUUCAGCGCGAUUGGAUGGAUUCCUGCUGCUAAGACUAUGAAUGCUAUUGAGGAGGUUUACAAAAUUGCAAGGGCACAGACGCUUAUUGCUAUGUUCAGUACUGUCCCAGGCUACUGGUUUACAGUUGCACUGAUCGACAGAAUCGGAAGGUUUGCGAUUCAAUUGAUGGGAUUCUUCUUCAUGACAGUGUUUAUGUUUGCACUGGCCAUUCCCUAUGACCACUGGACUCACAAAGACAACCGCAUUGGAUUUGUGGUGAUCUACUCAUUGACCUUCUUCUUUGCAAACUUUGGCCCCAAUGCUACCACAUUUGUUGUGCCGGCUGAGAUAUUCCCUGCCAGGUUCAGGUCUACAUGUCACGGAAUCUCGGCAGCAUCAGGGAAGCUUGGUGCUAUAAUAGGUGCGUUCGGGUUCUUGUAUCUGGCUCAGAACCAAGACAAGAGCAAGGUUGAUGCAGGGUACCCUGCUGGCAUUGGAGUGAAAAACUCGCUCCUUGUGUUGGGUGUUGUUAACUUUUUAGGGAUAUUGUUCACAUUCUUGGUGCCUGAAUCGAAUGGCAAGUCACUGGAGGAGAUGUCCGGCGAGAAUGAAGAUGAACCUGAGUCUGCAGUGGAGUUGGAGCAGCAAUCAGGUUAUGGCCAAAACAGGACAGUGCCAGUUUAGGUUAUGUGCAACUCUGUAAGCAAAUGUUAUAAAAAUAAUGCUCAAGCCUUAGUUAAAUUUUCGGUGAGGGAAAGCUGUAAUUUUCAUGUG